AUGCGGCACGCGCAACGGAAGGCUGGCUUCGUUUGCAACGGCUGCUGCGAGAAAGCAGGCAGUGUGUGUGUGUGUGUAUAUAUAUAUGAACGGCUGCUCCGCAGCAUAGGGAGGUGCGCCCGAAACUCGCCUCACAAAGGGCGAGUUCAGAAGCCGUGCCACACCAAUCGCGAGAGCAGGACCGAUGACGUUCGUCCAGCUGUCGUCGGCGUCGCUUCUUUUACGCUCUGGAUCUACAGACAAGGAGGAGCGUACGCCGCGCCAGAGUCAUCGCCGCCCUCCGGACAACGACGGUCGACGGAUCCGUGGGCGACCGCGGGACUGGUGAACGACCUCUCCCUAGGCGAUGCCCCGGCAGGCUUGCUAAAAGUCGAUUACGGAAAGGAUUCGGUGACGAUUAACGGCUCGCUUACGCCGGAGCAGACCUCCAGCGCACCUAAGGUUGCCCUGGCCGGUGCCGUCAACUGCACGCCGCCAUUCGCUCUGGUCAUGCUUGAUCCCGACGCGCCGAGCCGCAGCGCUGCGACGGAACGCAGCUGGUUGCACUGGAUGGUGGUCAACGCCAAGAGCACGACGAAGCUGCACGAGGGCGAGCAGCUGGUGUCGUACGAAGGUCCCACACCGCCCCGGGGAACGGGGCCGCACCGAUACGUCUUUCUGGCAUACUGUCAAGGCGGUUCAAGCUCGAACAGCGCGAAACUGAAGCCCACGCACAGGAACAAGUUCCAAUUGAAAGACUUCCAUAAGAAACUCGGUGACAUGGUGCCGUUUGCAGGCACCUUCUUUUACGCCGAGAACACUGCGAAGACGAAGGGUACUCCGCCGUAGCAUCUCAAGCAGGUAUCGGCCAUGCACUCGGAAUGAAAAUAUGUUCACGCAGUGAAUCAAUUCUCCAGCCGCAUCAGGCUUGUUGUUGCUACUGCUGCAAUUACUCAGGCUCAUUUCUUUGUAUGAUAAUGACGAGGCAUUUUCGAACGAGAGACUUCUGACAAUAAAGCUUGUCUCCUUCCUGAAGUGAUGGUAA